AUUUAAGGCUAAACCAAUCCGAGCUAAAACACAGAUUUAUUCAGGAAGAAUGUAAGUUACAUAAUAGUAUUGACCCCUGAUAUGAUUUUGGUAAAAAAAAAAAAGAUCACUAAAAUGUCAUUCGAUUAAUUAGACCUAGCUAACAAGCUCAGUAUAGCGUUUAACUGCAGCUCCGCGUUCCUGCUGCUUAAUUGGUUAUUUAAUUUCCCGCCGUUUUUGAAGUCCACCAAUUAACAAAAGGUUGCGCGUGACACUUGGAAUAGAAUUCAGCUAGUUCUUUAUCGUUAGCCUGCACUGCUAAUGAAAAGAAGGGUGGUGGUGUGAAAUCAUUUCAUACCUGAAAAAAGAAAGCAGUAGGCGUCAUUUGUCUUAUGCUCCACUGAGAUCAGUUCCUGUGACCUGUGACUGUUUUCCUUCAUCUGGGUUGCAGGGAUCUCAGAGGAGCUGGAAAUUCUCGCGGGAAUCUCUGCCGAAGGCCGCCUGUAGCUUCUGGAAUAAAUCCCCAUCGUCCAAGUCAUGGAUCUGGCGUCGGCCGAGAUUAACGCGCUUCCUAACGGGAAAGGGCACGAAGGAGGAGCCGAGACGAUGGCCACGCCUGCCUCGACCAAAACCCAAUCAGACGACACGGUUCAGGAACUCGUACCUAAUAGUACGGAAAAUUCCAGUGCCAGCAGAGCUACCAGAGACACCGAGGCCACCCUGGCCGAGAGCGCAGAGUUCUUCUCCAAUGGCGACGACAAGAAACCGCCGCGAUUCACGGACUUUGAAGGAAAAACUUCGUUCGGGAUGUCGGUCUUCAACCUGGGAAACGCCAUCAUGGGGAGUGGAAUUCUGGGACUGGCGUACGCCAUGGCGAACACCGGCAUCGUCAUGUUUCUGUUCCUCCUGACGGCCGUGGCGUUUCUCUCGGCCUACUCCAUCCACCUGCUGCUCAAGGCCUCGGGCGUCGUCGGUAUCCGUGCAUAUGAGCAGCUGGGAUUUCGAGCGUUCGGUACGCCAGGCAAAAUGGCCGCCGGCAUCGCGAUCACGCUGCAGAAUAUCGGAGCCAUGUCCAGCUAUUUGUAUAUAGUGAAGUAUGAAUUUCCUCUGGUGAUUCAGGCCUUUCUCAAGGUGGACACACCAUCUGGGGAAUGGUACCUGAACGGUAAUUACCUGGUGGUGAUUGUGUCUGUCUGCGUUAUUCUACCUCUGGCUCUGAUGAAGCAGCUUGGCUAUCUUGGCUACACCAGUGGGUUUUCUCUCAGCUGCAUGGUCUUCUUCCUUAUCUCAGUGAUUUAUAAGAAGUUCCAGGUGCCGUGUCCCUUCACCGACUUCUCCUUCACCAAUCGGACGGCGGCGCUAAACAUCAGUGGCGUGUUGAUUGAGCACAACGGGGUCAGCAUGACCCCUGAGGACGACCCGUCAUGUACCCCUCGCAUGUUCAACCUCAACAUCCAGACAGCCUACACCAUUCCCAUCCUGGCGUUUGCGUUUGUGUGCCACCCGGAGGUGCUGCCGAUUUACACCGAACUGCGCAACCCCACCAAGAAAAAGAUGCAGCACGUGUCCAACAUCUCCAUCACUGUCAUGUAUGUCAUGUACUUCCUGGCUGCGCUGUUCGGAUAUCUGACCUUCUACGAUAAGGUGGAGGCUGAGCUGUUGCACACCUACAGCAAGAUCGACCCUUACGACACGCUGAUCCUGUGUGUGCGCGUGGCUGUACUGACCGCCGUCACACUCACUGUACCCAUCGUACUGUUCCCUGUGAGGCGAGCCAUCCAGCAGCUCUUCUUCCCCAACAAGACGUUCUGGUGGCCGAGACACAUCGCCAUCGCCAUCCUCCUCCUCACCAUCAUCAACCUGCUCGUCAUCUUCGCCCCCAACAUCCUCGGCAUCUUCGGGGUCAUAGGUGCCACGUCCGCUCCAUGUCUCAUCUUCAUCUUCCCGGCCGUGUUCUACAUCCGCAUCGUUCCCAAAGAGGAGGAGCCCAUGCGCUCAGCACCCAAAAUCCUGGCUGCAUGUUUCGCUGGAGUGGGUGUCCUGUUUAUGAUAAUGAGCCUGAGCUUCAUCAUCAUCGAUUGGACAUCAGGCAGCACCAAAUCCAACAGUGGUCAUUAGGCCACACCCACAUUUCUUUUUCUUUUUUUUUUUAACAGUUGUUGUGGGUGUGUGUGUGCGUGAUGUAAUCAUCUGCCAGGGCCUGUAGUAUGUGUGUGUGUGUGUGUGUGUGUGUGCGCAUGUUUGUGAGAGAGAGCUCUCAGUGGACCGUCAACAUCAGUACAGCAACGAUCACUGAUCCAAAUUACUGUGUGUUUGUGUUCGUGUCCUUCUGUCAGGCAAAAUAACCCUGGAUGAUGAUGAUGAUGAUGAUGAUGAUAUGUGGACUCACGAAAAUCCUGCUAAAUAAUAUUCUUGCUUGUUGUUCCCCCUAAAACUGACCCUUAACAUGAAUUUAAAUGAAGCCA